AUGGAUAGCUGCGAGACCUCCGGCUCACACACUGUAUGGGAUCCAGAGGAAUGGAUAGGGCACGGGAAGACCUACCCAGCUGAUGACCUGCCCGAAGCGGUCUCUUUGGCUCGAGAUGUGUUCUUACGAGGUAUUCCCGAUGGACAGAUUCUGAGUGAAGAUAGACGAACAUUGCGGUUAUGUGAUGCCGCGCUGCGUCUAUUUAAUGAGUUCCAUCUCGAAUCAGAGAUGGCGAAGUUAGCUUCAGCAGUGGAAGAACUGGCGAAACUCCGCCGCAAACGCAAGGCGGUGAGCGGUGCGGAUAUGGUUUCUGACGGUGAAUAG